GGCUCAUUUCAACAUGGCGGACGAGGGAGGAGGACUGGUGGUUGAGCCUCAAACGACUCAAACGCAAAAUUCAUCUUUGGUUAAGCACACUGGCGGCUGUCAUUGCGGAAAGGUUCGAUUUGAAGUGAUGGCUCCUGCUAUGUUACUUGUUUUGGAUUGCAAGUGAGUUCCUUAUGCAUGGUUCAAUUCUACCUGUUACCAUGCUCCCAACCCUAGGCACGCAGAAGGAGACAAUUACCUUACGGGCCCCUAGUCGUCCGCACAUUGUUUUGGGUACAACAUUUAGAUUAAAAUGCUGAUUUUAAUUUACUUGUUUGAUGCCAUUUUCAGCGGUCAUCCUUGGGGGGAGAGGGGGAAGUCGACCCUCGGGAACGCCAUGGGAAGAGGGUCGUGAAGGGGUGAAAUGGGAACUGGGAUUAGCCUUAUUGUGGACUGGGAAAAUGGGAUUUACUCACUGGGCCUGGGAUUUAGCUACUGGGAAUGGGAUGAACAAUUAUAAAAUGGGAAUGGGAUUUCUUUUCUUCAGCGGUCUUUGCUCCAAUAUUUUGAAAUAGAAAAAUAAAAUUUCGUAGCAAUAGACCUUGCACUCCUCAGUAGAGACCGUGAAAUCAGUAUUUUUCGUCUUCGCGCCGGCGGUCUAACUACCAGGCUUACACGGUUGCAUAGUUACGUUCUGUCAGUUUUCCUGGUCAGCGGACAAGUUCUGCAAGUUUACAUAUGGCGGGAAGAUAUUGUGAAGGGAAGAUAAAAAUGGCUUUGGAAAAGGUUUCUUCGCAAAAUGGUACUAGAAAUCAAGUACGUCAAUGCAAAUAAUGCCGUUAUACACACCGAAAAUUUGGUAACUGGGAUUUUGGCAAAAAUUAGCCUGGGAACUGGGAUUUGGGCCAAAUUUAGGCUGGGAACUGGGAUUUGGUACCCCCCUUCACGACCCUCUGGGAACCCGCCCCCGGCAAAUUUUGCACUAUGACUUUCACAAAUCCCUUGACACCUAAGAACAAGAUUUCGCGAUGAAAGAAAAUACCCUCUCACCUGGGGCAAUAAUAAUAUUGGUUCAAAUGAGUUAAAAGGCACAGCCGAUAUAACAAUACAUAAUACAACAACCUAGAAGAAAAAGUAUAGGGCUUGACUGAACUCCGAGGACAUGUCAUGAGGACAUGUCAUCCUUUACGUAACCAGCCUUAGCUGCGACACUUUUCCAUCUGCCAUGCCUCUGAAAAAUUCUAUCACUAACCCUGCUGUUGGAAGCCCUUGCCGCUCCUCCAGACCAGAAAGAGUGAGUCCCGUAAACAGAGGGAUCCGGAACUAUACUCUGCAGACUUUUUGCUAACUGACCCCUGAAGGUUGCAUAUGAGAUAUGCUUAUCAACUUGAACCAAUUUGUAGGACGACUUGGUUUUAACAAGUGGUUGGAAAAUAAAUUCACUAGAGUCAGGGCUGAUAUCUAAUUUCUUCACAUUCUCUUUGAGUAAGAAAACUGGGCAAACAUUCCCCUCAGAUUGAGCAAUAACCACUUCGUCACCUUGUCUAAGCUGAUCAAUCUUGCUUUUGUCUACUUUGACAGUCAUGAACCCUUCUUAAAAAACGAAUAUGACUCAUUCUAAUAUUACGAACCUCCUCAGAUCUGAAAAAACCCAGAUAGGAUAACACGUACAAACAAACGUUUCUAAGCUGCAGGACAUUAGACAAAUCUGCUCCUUCCUCUUCUCGCUUCUUUAGAAACUCCCACUUUCCCCCCCCCCUCCUAACACACCCCUCCCACCUCGUACUCUCUCAGGCUCCCACCCCACUGUCCCUUCCUCCACUAAGAUGAAAGGACCUUUUCAACAAAAUAAAAAUGGCUCUUUUUUCAAUUAUUUUUGGCUCUUUAACAGCUGCAGUAUUUGUACAAAGAAGCAGAACAAACAUUUUAUUGUCCCAGAGGAACAAUUUACAUUGCUACAGGUAUAACUAUAACAUACAUCAGUAUUCAUCAUUUAAUACCUCAGUCACAAUAAUCACUCCUUCCCCCUCCCCCACCCCUAUGGUUUAAAGAAAAGUAUAGUAUUAAGUGAAAAUUGAAUUUUGGGAGGAAAGGGGAAGGUAAAGCAAUUUGUGACUUGUGGCUUGAAUAACUUUGCAGAGACCCUGAUAAGUCAGUAGACAUGGUUUAAAAAUACAACUUAAGGGACUGGCAUUCCCUAUAGAUUCCUAUACCUUCACUAACAACAACUGGUAAAUUUGCUUCUGAGUCAAGUAUCCUUCUUGCUUUAACUUAACUCUGGCCCAAUUUUAGAUGCUUUUAGAAUAGUUUAUAUAGGUACACUGGCAUUGAUAUAAUGCAACAUGUGGGAGAAGGACCCUAGCUUCACAGUGUUAAUGAAAAGCAAAAAACUAUGUGCACAAAGUCACCUAAAUCAACAUUAAAAUUAUUGCCAGUUUGUGAAAUUCAUUUAAAAGCUGUUCCACGACUUAUUCUAGAGUGGAUGUCUUAUAGUUGGUGUUGUCUUCUAUUCCUUCAGGGCCAAGAUGAUUUAACUUGCUACACUUUCAAUACACAUCAGGCAAAGCACCUUUUCUGCAAUACAUGUGGAGUGCAAAGCUUCUACAGACCUCGUUCUAAUCCAGAUGGCUAUGGUGUCAUGCCACACUGUUUGGAUGUAGGAACAGUGAAAGAUAUAAAAGUCGAGUUUUGUGAUGGCCAAAACUGGGAAAAAUUCAUUGCCAACAAUCCUGAAAUCCAAGAACGGUCAAAGAAAAAGGACUAAAAGACAGCAAAAAUUAGGAACUAGGAGACUAUCUAAAUGUUAUUUAUCUCACUGGAAAUUUGUAGGAAAAAUUCACCAAUAAUAUUAUUGCAAUAGAUCUACAAAUUAUUGUUUAUAGAAGAACUUGUUC